AUGAUAUAAUAGAAAAAAUAUUUUAGCAAUUUAAAAGAAUUUUUAAACUCUUCACUUUAAUCUCACUAGGUUCUCCAUAUUUCUCUGAAUUUAAAUUAAAUUCGAGCAAUAGGUGUAUCAGGUUUUUGUUCUGGUUUGGGAAAAUGCACUAAUCUCUCAAAUUUGACACUUGAUCUACAGUCUAAUUUAAUUGAUGAUGAAGGUGCAUCAUGCUUAAGUUUUGCUUUAGCAUACUGCACUAAUCUCUCAAAUUUAAGCCUUGAUCUUGCGUCUAAUUAAAUUGGUGUAAGAGGAGCAUAUUGCUUAGGUUCUGCUUUAGCAAGCUGUACUAAUCUCUCAAAUUUCACACUAAAUCUUAUGUGUAAUUAAAUUGGCGACGAAGGUGCAUCAGGCUUAGGUUCUGGUUUAGCAAACUGUACUUAUCUCUCAAAUUUGACACUAGAUCUUAGAGUAAAUUAAAUUGGUGACAAAGGUAUGUAAGGCUUAGGGUCUAGUUUAGCAAAUUGCGCUAAUCUCUCAAAUUUGACACUUAAUUUUCAGUCUAAUUACAUUGGUGCAAUUGGUGUGACAGACUUAGGUUCUUCUUUAGCAAGCUGCACUAAUCUGUCAAAUUUGACGCUUUAUCUUGCGUAAAAUUAAAUUGGUGAUGAAGGUACAUCUGGCUUAGGUUAUGCCUUAGCAAACUGCACUAAUCUUUCAAAUUUGAUACUUGAUCUUCGUUUAAAUUAAAUUGGUGGAGUUGGAGCAUCAGAAUUAGGUUCUACUUUAACAAACUACAUUAAUCUCUCAAAUUUCGAGCUUUAUCUUAGAUUAAAUUCUAUUGGUGAUCAAGGUGCAUUCGGCUUAGUCUCUGCUUUAGUAAAUUGCACUAAUCUCUCAAAUUUGACACUUGAUCUUAGGUUGAAUUAAAUUGGUGCAAUUGGUGCAUCAGGCUUAGGUUCUGCUCUUGCAAAUUGCACUAAUCUCUCAAAUUUGACACUUUAUCUUGGAUCUAAUUAAAUUCGUGAUGAAGGUACAUAAGGCUUAGGUUCUGGUUUAGCAAACUGCACUAAUCUCACAAAUUUAAGUCUUGUUCUUGAGUCUAAUUAUAUUAGCGCAAUUGGUGCAUCAGGAUUAGGUUCUCUUUUAUCAAACUGCACUAAUCUCUCAAAUUUGGUACUUAGUCUAGAUUCAGAUGAAAUUGGUGCAAUGGGUGCAUCACGGUUAGGUCUUGCUUUAAAAAAUUGCAUUAAUCUCUCAAGUUUGGCUCUUUAUGUUGGGUAGAAUUAUAUUAGUGCAAUAGAUGCAUCAGGCUUAGGUUUUGGUUUAGUAAAUUGCAUUAAUCUCUCAGAUUUAACACUUAAACUUAGUGACAAAAGAAUUGGUGAUGAAGGUGCAUCAGGUUUAGGCUCUGGUUUAGCAAAUUGCAUUAAUCUCUUAAAUUUGACACUUAGCCUUGAUGAAAAUAGAAUUGGUGAUGAAGGUGCAUCAGGCUUAGGUUCUGGUAUAGCAAAUUGCAUUAAUCUCAUAAAUUUGACACUUGAUCUUGAUUUCAAUAGAAUUGGUGAUGAAGGGGCAUCAGGCUUAGGUUAUGGUAUAGCAAAUUGCAUUAACCUCUCAAAUUUGACACUUUACCUUUUUGUCAAUACAAUUGGUGAUUAAGGUGGAUAAGAUUUAGGUUAUGGUAUAGCAAAUUGCAUUAAUCUAACAAAUUUGACACUUAAUCUUAAUUACAAUCAAAUUGGUAGUAAAAGUGCAUUAGGUUUACGUUCUGGUUCAGCAAAUUGCAUUAAUCUCUCAAAUUUGACACUUAACCUAGAUGGCAAUUAAAUUGAUGAUAAAUGUGCAUCAGAUUUAGGUUCUGCUUUAGCAAAUUACACUAAUCUCUCAAAUUUGACACUUAAACUUAGUUCCAAUUAAAUUGGUGCUAAAGGUGCAUCAGGUUUAGGUUCUGCUUUUGCAAAUUGCAUUAAUCUCUCAUAUUUGACACUUAGCCUUGAUGACAAUUAAAUUGAUGAAGAAGGUGCUUUAGGCUUAGGUUCUGCUUUAGCAAAUUGUAUUAAUCUCUCAUAUUUGAUACUUAAUCUUUGGUAAUAGCAGUUUAUUGGUUUUGGAUUGUUUUAAUUAUUAAAAUGA